AUGGAUCAAGAGAGGGGAGUUUUGGGAGACUCACAAGGGAUUGACUUGUUGAAGUUUGAAAUCCAGUUAAGGACUUGUGUUGAUUCUAUUUAUUCAUCAUCUUCUUCUGCUCCUGCUCAUGCUUCUUCGUUAUCAUCAAGUUGUAUUUCAAGUGAUGAUGUAGUUUUUGUGGAAUAUAUCACUGAUGAUGCGUGUUUGAUCAAAAAGGUACCGAAGAAGUCUGAUGCUUGGGUCAACAUCUUAACUGGAGUAGGGAAGUUGUUUCAAGGUGGUAUUAGAGAAGUUAAGGAUGUUGUUACGAAGUAUGAAAUAAAUAGUGGUCGCAAAUACAAAUUAGUUAAGAGUGACUUUGAACGAUACACUGUGGAGUGCAAGUUCAAGGAGGAGGAAAAUUGUUGCUGGAGGUUUGACGCCUCUCUCCUUGCCAAAUCAAAUGGUGUAUUCCAAUGCAAGAGAUAUGUUUCAGAGCAUUCAUUUAGCUUAGCUUCAUCUAAUCCAUCAAAAGUUAGGAUGAUAAAAUCGUUUAUGAAGGAUAUCUUGGCAGAUGAUUUACGAGCAUCGAAGAAGAAGAAGACUGCUUCUGAAGUUAUAGAUUUAUUCCGAAAUGAAUAUGGGGUUGACCUCACGUAUAGUCAGGCAUACCAUGGUUUAAACUUCACCAAGCAAUUUCUUUGGGGUGACGAUAUCAAAUCUUAUUCAUACUUUGUUUGGUAUAAAGAUGCCAUUGAACAUUACAAUCCUGGAAGUGUCGUCAAUUUUGAGUAUGAUAGUGUGACGCGUCAGUUCAAAAGUUUUUUCGUUGCUUUUGAAGCUUCCAUAACUGGUUUCAACAAUUACUGUCGUCCAAUGCUAUUUAUCGAUUGUACCUUUCUCACUGGGAAGUUCAAAGAGAUUUAUCCAGUUGCAUUUGGUUUUGUUCCUUGUGAAAAUUGUGAGAGUUGGCUAUGGUUCUUAACCAAUUUGAAGGGUAUUAUUCGUGAAGAUCGUCCACUGAACAUCAUAUCAGAUCGUGGAAUCGGCCUUUUGAAGCAUGUUCCUGAAGUUUUACCAAAUGCUUACCAAUCCUUCUGUCUGUACCAUAUGAAAGGAAAUUUCCUGUUCCAAAGGGAAAGAGCAGACAAACUGCAGUCAAGUUAUUCGGACAGUGCUACACUGCAUUAA